AUGUGUGAUGCAUUUGUAGGUACCUGGAAACUUGUCUCCAGUGAAAACUUUGACGACUACAUGAAAGAAGUGGGAGUGGGCUUUGCCACCAGGAAAGUGGCUGGCAUGGCUAAACCCAACAUGAUCAUCAGUGUGAAUGGGGACGUGGUCACCAUCAAAUCAGAAAGUACCUUUAAAAAUACUGAGAUUUCCUUCAAACUGGGCCAGGAAUUUGAUGAAGUCACUGCAGAUGACAGGAAAGUCAAGAGCACCAUAACCUUAGAGGGUGGUGUCCUAGUGCAGGUGCAGAAGUGGGAUGGAAAAUCAACCACCAUAAAGAGAAAACGAGUGGAUGAGAAGCUGGUGGUGGAAUGUAUCAUGAAAGACAUUACUUCUACCAGAGUUUAUGAGAGAGCAUAAACCAAGAGACAUUGAGCUGGACUGCAGUUUGCACCGAACUCUACGACAUUCUGUUGGCUAUAUUGUCCAAACAUAUAUUGUUAUUUUCCACUAAUUAGGAAGCAACUAAUUUUCCCCCAAACUUAUUUUAUUCAAUGUG